GCUCACAAGCUUGCUCGCAAGCUUAAAAGAACUUUGUAUGUAAAGCUCAAGCUCGGGUCGUUAAGGCUCGUUCAAGCUUUUCACCAAUUCAAUCCCGAGUAGCUCUCGAGCUACUCCGCCUCAUUUACAUUUAUUGGAUAUACAUGCUUUAGAAAGAAGAUAUAAUAAAUUCUAACCUUUUAUUUCUAUGUUUUGUGGUCAAAGAAAGACCUUUUGUGGGUGUUUCUUCUUUUUGAAGAUGAACUACUUUAGUGUAGAUUCAGGGUCUACUUUAGUGUUUAUGCUUGUUAAUUCAUCAAGAGAAUAUUUUAUGAUGACAUAACUGAAGCAAGCAUGUGCAGUUGUGCACAAAGUGUCAAACCCCCUUUUGAAUUUUUAAUCACUCAUUUACUUUUCCUACUUUUUUGUUUCUAUAUCCCCUGUCUUAAUCAGAGGUAAUUCAAUUUUAAAAAUAAUUGUUUUAAAUUGUUGUGCAUUAUUCUUUUUCAUCAACAGGGAGUCUUGUUCAUGGGUAUCUUGUGAUAUACUAAUAUAGUAAUUUUAUCAUCUUAUCUUCAACCCCCAUUUCCCAUGAAUGAUUUGUUAGGACCACCUGAUUCCCAUUUUCAGUUCCUUGUAAUCGUCCUCGUGUCGGUUGUCUCGAAUCUGCAUUUGCAUUGGGUAUCUUUAAGGACACGAAAUCUCUUCAAGAAUGUAGCACAAGUUCGAUUGUUUCGCAGUUCGCUUGUGAAGUUUUGUUGAAAAAACACUAAAAGAAGUAACAUGGGUGACCCUUCAUCAAACCGAGCCACAUUGCGAUGCAAAUUUGAAUUGGAAAAAUUUCGGUCCAAAGUCGUAAAGAAUGUGCCUGAGAUGGAAUCAUCACCAUCACCAUCACCAUCACCUUCAAACUUUGACCAGAAGCAAAAGACUAUGGAGAUGGAAGAACUCAUCAAACACAUGAAACAUUUACCAAGUUAUCUUGAAAGGGGAAAACCGAUGCAAGAUCGAGCUUUAAGUUUCGGAGUCAUGGACUGGGCCCGCUUAGAGAAAUGGCAAAGUCGAAAUCAUAAACAUGGUUUUGUUAGAAGUAACAGAUAUUCACCAUCUAGCACCUGUUCUUCUUCCUUGUUUUCAGCCGAUGAAUCAUCGCCUCGAUCUAGUAGAGAUCAAAGUCGUUCUCCUGCUCGUCAAAACUUCCGUCGGGUAACGCUACAAUCUCAUUUUAAAGCUUCCCAUAAAGACGAUGUCACUCCGCAAAUCAAAUCAUGUUCAAAAAGUGUUACAAAGCUUCAUUAUUCUGAAGAUUUUCCAAAACAAUCUUGUAUGAAGGGGAAGUGGAAGAUCCAAGAUGAGUUUGUAAAUGAUAACGACAAUCCGAUUUCGUGCGCAUUUCGUUCUGCGGCUAUAAACGGUAAAAGCUCACGAAGGGAACUUGAUUUUUCAAGAAAUCAAAGUAGUCCUUCAAGAAACAAGACCCCGGAAAGAAAAAUAUCAACGUCUAGCAAAAGUUCGGAGUCGAAACCGAGAAGUAUAUCCCCUCUUCGUCAUUUAAGCUUUAGCCGUAAAUCUGCGACAGAAAGAUCGGAUUCUCCGGUUUCUCAAAGUUCAAAUAAGGAUAGCAAACGGGCUCAUUCAAGCCCGUUAAGGAGGUUAUUAGACCCGAUAUUUCCAUCAAAGGAGACGUGCCAUGAAGAUUCAAGAACAAAAGCAAGAGUGAAACUUGAUUUCACAAAGGAAAUAAGGGUCGAUGAUGUUUCAUCGUCGUCGUUGCCGAGGAAACAAGCUCUUUUUCAGACAACGGUUAAAAACGACCGUCUUUUGUUUACAUUUGCAGUUGAAAACGACAUGGAAAUACUUGCGGCCACGGUAACAAGUCAAACGUCUUCAUUGAAAGAUAAAAACAAAGACUUGCUUUAUACGUUUUUCACCGUCCAUGAGGUGAAGAAAAAGAGCAUGAGUUGGUUAUCUCAAGUCAACAAAAGUAAAGAUCACAGUUACGUACCUAAUGUGACCGCUCAAAUGAAGGUUUCAAAUUCCCAUUUCAACACUCGGGAGUUCGUUUUAUUUUCUGUGAAUGCAAACGUCCAGCCGCAAGAAGAAUUGGAAGCUAUUGUUGUGAGGUUUUCAAGGAACAUAAAUGGUGAUAGUAACCGAGAAAGCUUUGAAACAACGGUUAUUCUACCUGGCGGCAGUCAUGGUGUACCAAGUAAAGGUGGACCUUCACCGUUGGUUGAUCGAUGGCGAUCCGGUGGCGCGUGUGAUUGUGGCGGUUGGGAUGUGGGCUGCAGAUUAAGAAUCCUUUCUAAGCAGGUGCAGUCUAGUGGAUCAAGAUCAGACAACGUUCACUCGACUUCCCGCCAGUUUGACCUUUUCUUACAGGGAGAACUGGAGAACAAAAGACCCGUUUUCAACCUCGCUCCGUUAAAAGAAGGCAUAUUUUCGGUUGAGUACAGCUCAUCGUUGUCACCUCUACAAGCGUUUUCGAUAUGUAUUUCAUAUGUGGAAUCCCGAAAGCUGACACUGCAUACAGAACUCAGAACACAUACUCGAGAGGCGGUUCCCCUAGUUUAUACUCCAAUCCCGCGUAUCAAGAGAGACGUGACGCGUAAGGUGGCUUUAUAAUUAUGUAAUUAUAUUAUGUAAGGUUUACCAUCAGUGGAUAUCUAAAUUCUUGAUUAUAUGCUUGAAAGCUAGUGUGAGGUUGAAGCUGAAGCUUGUCUUGGCAUCUUUAGUUGCAUCUUUGCAUGUUUUGUUGUAAUAAACUUGUUUGAAUAGAUAUAUGAAUAUUAGAGUUAAGGUUAUUCCUCC